AUCUGGGUCUGGAAUAUAGUUUACUUCAGAGUUUGAGCAAAAAUGAAGUUUCUGGGUGUAGCGGUGAUUACAAUAAUGCUGAGUCUCCUCGGCACUCGACUUUUAGUUCAGGCCAAGCCUGAGAUGUGCAAUCAGCAACCUUCCAUGGAUGGCAUGCCCCAGGAUUCGGCCGCCUGCAUGGCCUUCAUGCCCACCUGGACCUACGAUGCCUCCAAGAAUUCAUGUUCCGAAUUCAUUUACGGUGGCUGCGGUGGAAAUUCCAAUCAGUUCUCCUCCAAAAACGAAUGCGAGAAAGCCUGCAAGGACUAAAUAAAAAAAGAAAACAACAAUUUUUGCCGACUGGGGUAAAACCCUCACUUAAAUACAAAACAAAGCUUUAGUCUGAAAACCAAAACAAACAGCCGGCAAGCUUGUUUCGUA